AGGGCGCUUUAUCCCAAGUAUCCUCAUUCGUCAAAGAUAUUCGUUCCUUAACCCCUUUGGUUUCAACAACAUCAACCGAUCCAAAAACUGCCAAAACGACCUCUUUCUUAGUUUUUUUCUCGGGUACUCGAAAAAGCAAAUGGACCUUCAGCAAUCAAUCACCGACCAAACGGACAUCUCACUGAGUCUGACGGGACACGUGUCGUCAACCGAAGCCAAAGAUACGAACCUGGUGUUGUCACCGCUGUCACUUCAUGUUGUGUUGAGUUUGAUAGCAUCCGGGUCAUCCGGGUCAACCCGGGAACAGAUUUUGUCCUUUCUGAAGUCUAAAUCCUCCGAUGAUCUCAACAAGCUUUGUUCAGAGCUUGUAUCACUAGUCUUUGCCGACGGAAGCCCAGUUGGUGGGCCUAAGUUGAGUUUUGCUAAUGGUGUUUGGGUUGAUCAAACCCUUCCUCUUAAGCCCACUUUUAAACAAGUUGUUGAUGAUGUGUACAAAGCUGUUUCUAAUCAAGUUGAUUUUCUCAACAAAGCAGUUGAAGUUGCCUCCGAAGUGAAUACAUGGGCUGAGAAGCAGACUAGUGGCCUUAUCAAUGAGUUGCUGCCUCCUGGUACUGUUGAUAACACAACCAGACUCAUCUUUGCAAAUGCGAUUUACUUCAAGGGCGCAUGGAGUGAGAAGUUUGAUGCAUCCAUAACAAAAGAAGAUAACUUUCAUCUUCUUAAUGGUAACUUGGUUAAGGUGCCUUUUAUGACUAGCAAUAAGAAGCAGUUCAUCCAAGCUUUUGACGGUUUUAGAGUCCUUGGUCUAUCUUAUAUACAAGGAGGAGACAAGCGGAAAUUUUCCAUGUAUUUCUUUCUUCCAGAUUUAAAGGAUGGGCUUCCAUCCUUGGUAGAGAAAGUAAGCUCUGAACCUGGUUUCUUGAAUGGACACCUUCCCUCCAAGAAAGUUGAAGUGGGUAAUUUUAAGCUUCCAAGGUUCAAGAUUUCAUUUGGAUUUGAAGCCUCCAAGGUUUUCAAGGGAUUGGGUGUCGAGUUACCCUUUAAGGGGGGUGGCCUUACUGAGAUAGUAGACUCACCUAUGGCUAAAAAUCUCUAUGUUUCUAGCAUUUUCCAGAAAUCUUUUAUUGAAGUUAAUGAGGAAGGUAGUGAAGCUGCUGCUGCUUCUGCUGUGAUGAUAGCUCUAAGGAGCUUACCGGAUCGGGAGAAGUUAGACUUUGUGGCUGAUCAUCCAUUUAUGUUCGUCAUUAGAGAAGACAUGACUGGAGUUGUGCUAUUCACUGGACACGUUUUCAAUCCACUUGAGAAUUAAAAAUGCCUGAGUACUGAAUCAAUCCCAUGCCAACAAUGAAACUUUGCCACAGUUUAACAUGUAUCAAUUACAUUUUAUACAUUUCAUCACACUAACUAGUACAAUUUGAGCAAAUAAAUAUCUGUUUAUCUGA